AUGGUCGACCGUGCGAACCGCCCAUCAGCGCUGAACGCGCCUACCGCGUCCGCACCCGGCCCCCAGGUCGACAUUGUCGGAGAGGGCGGCAGCCAGAAGGUCGUCGCGAGACUGCCGUCCGGUGAGAGCGUCGAGGUGCUGCUCUUUGGAGCCACAGUUACUAGCUGGAAGAGCAGCGGCGGAAAGACUGAGAACCUCUGGUUGAGCGAUGCGGCCGAUCUGACUGGCAAGAAGCCUGUACGCGGUGGUAUCCCCGUCGUAUUCCCCGUCUUCGGUCCUCCUCCCAAGGAGGGACACGCCACUUCGUCGCUUCCACAACACGGUUUCGCGCGUGGAUCGCGCUGGGAGUACAUGGGCAAGUCGACUGCGGAGGAUGCUCUCGACUCCAACUCGGUCAAGCUCGACUUUGGCCUCGACCGCCAGUCGCUCAGCGAAGAGUCGCGCAAGGCGUGGCCGCUGGACUUCGGCCUCGUAUACAGCGUCACACUGAGCAAGGACAGCCUACAGGCCGUUCUCACUGUCCGCAACGAGGGCGAGGAGAGCUUCGAGUUCCAGUUCCUGCUCCACACCUACUUCAGGAUUCAGGACGUGUCCAAGAUCGCCAUCACCGGCCUGUCUGGCACCGAGUACGUCGACAAGGUCCUCAACGCCUCUACCCACACCCAGAGCGACAACCAGCUCAAGAUCACCGGCGAGACAGAUCGCGUCUACAAGGACAUCAAGCAGGACACCACAUCGAUCACCGAAGACGGCAAGCCUCGCUUUGACGUCAUCCGCGACAACGUCAAGGACACCGUGACGUGGAACCCGUGGAUCGAGAAGGCAAAGGCCAUGGGCGACUUCUCACCAGACGACGGCUACAAGAACAUGGUCUGCGUCGAGAUCGGUGCCGUGGACGGCUGGCAGAGGCUGGAGAAGGGCGAGGUCUGGGAGGGUGGUAUGUUGGUCAAGAGCCACUUGUAG